CCAUAAACAUAUUUACAUUGCAAUUAUUCUUAUCCAAUCAAACAUAUGGAGUUUUCUUCCUUAGCUCUUACUUGCCUCUUCGCCUUUACCUUGAUACUUCCCUCCCAUGCCCAAGACUCACCACAAGACUACCUCAACGCUCACAACGAGGCUCGAUCCGCCGUCAAUGUCGGUCCUAUGACUUGGGAUGAGACCGUUGCUGGCUUUGCACGGGACUAUGCUAAUCAACGCAUCGCCGAUUGCAACCUUGUGCACUCCGGUGGCGGUGGACAAUACGGUGAGAACCUAGCUGGGAGUAGUGUCGACCUCUCUGGCACCGAUGCUGUACGAUUGUGGGUUGAUGAGAGGGCCGACUACGAUUACAAUUCCAACAGUUGUGCACCGGAAAAGGUCUGCGGGCAUUACACUCAAGUGGUUUGGCGUGACUCUGUUCGCCUCGGUUGUGCUAAGGUGAGGUGCAACAAUGGCGGAACUUUCAUCGGUUGCAACUAUGCUCCUCCAGGCAAUUUUAUCGGUCAAAAACCUUACUAAAAUAAAUGCUUCAUUUGUAUGAAAUCCUUCCAAGUCAACUUUC